CUCCGCCGCCGGCCCCGCUCCGCCCCGCUCCCUCCGCCGGGCCGGGCCGGGCCGGGCCGCGGGGCCAUAAAGCGCGGCCGGGGGUGCGGGCCGGCUUAGCUCUGCUGCGCUGCGCCAUGGCCGCGGCCCGGCGCCGGGUGUCGCUGGGGCUGGGGCUGGCCGGGGCGGCCUGCGCCCUCCUGGGGCUCUGCCUGCUGCUGGUGGGGCCCCUCAUCAUCAAGGAGCAGGUCAUCAAGAAUGUCAGGAUUGACCCCAGCAGCAUCUCCUUCAGCAUGUGGAAAGACAUUCCUGUUCCUUUCUACAUGUCGGUGUACUUCUUUGAAGUGCUGAACCCCAAGGAGGUCCUCCAGGGAGCAAAACCGAUGCUGAACCAGCGUGGACCCUACGUUUACAGAGAGUUCAGGUAUAAAACAAACAUCACAUUCCAUGACAAUGACACCGUCUCCUACCUGGAGUACCGGAAACUCUUCUUCCAGCCGGAGUUGUCCAAUGGCAGCGAAGAAGAGUACAUCGUUGUGCCAAACAUUUUGAUGAUGGGAGCAGCUGUAAUGAUGGAAAACCUGCCAAACUUUGUGAAGCUUUUACUGAGUGGAGCCCUGGCUGGCCUGAAACAGGAGGCGUUCAUGAACCGGACAGUAGGGGAGAUCAUGUGGGGGUAUGAAGACCCUCUUAUAGACACAAUAAAUAUGUUUGUUCCUGGCCUGAUCCCAUUCAAGGGGAAAUUUGGCUUAUUCAUAGAUUUUAACAACUCCAAUUCCGGACUGUUCACUGUGAACACGGGUGUGAAGAACAUCAGUAGAGUUCACAUGGUGGAUUCAUGGAAUGGACUAAAGAAGAUGAACUACUGGCGGAGCAGCGAGUGCAACAUGAUCAAUGGGACUGCAGGGGAGAUGUGGCCACCGUUCAUGUCCCCAACAUCAUUAGAGUUCUACAGCCCUGAUGCCUGCAGAUCUAUGACACUGGUGUACGAGCAGUCUGGGAAGUUCCAGGGUGUGCCCAUCUAUCGCUUCGUGGCACCAAAAACUCUCUUUGCCAAUGGCACGGACUAUCCACCCAACGAAGGCUUCUGUCCCUGUAUGCAGUCUGGCAUCCUGAACGUCAGUACCUGUAGGCAAAAUGCACCGAUGUUCAUUUCCCAUCCUCACUUCUACAAUGCCGACCCAGCCCUGGUGAAUGCUGUCGAGGGCCUCCACCCCAGUAAGGACCAGCACGGACUCUUCCUCGAUGUGCACCCGGUGACAGGCAUCCCCAUGAACUGCUCCAUCAAGCUCCAGCUGAAUUUGUACAUGAAGCAGGUGUCUGGCAUAAUUCAAACGGGGAAGAUUAAGCCAGUGGUCCUGCCGCUGCUGUGGUUUGCAGAGAGUGGAUCCAUUGAAGGCCCAGUCCUAAAGCAGUUUUACACCAACCUGGUGCUGAUCCCAUCCCUGCUGGACUACCUCCAAUAUAUCUUCCUUGGGCUGGGUAUCUUGCUUAUUAUCUCAGCAGCUGUACUCAUGGCAAUGAGUCAGGAUCACAAAAAUCAACAAAUCAUUAAGGUUGGAAGGGACCUCUGGAAGUCAUCUAGUCCAUUCCCCCCUGCUCAGGCAGGGUCACCUAUAGCUGGUUGCCCAGGACCAUGUCCAGAUGUCUCUUAAUAUCUCCAAGGAUGGAGAUUCCCCAACCUCUCUGGGCAAUCUCUUCCAGUUUUUACAGUUUUCACAGUUUAAAAAAAAAAAAAAAAAAAAAAGAAAAAAGGUGUUUCCUAAUGUUCAUAUGGAGCCUCCUGUCCUUAAGUUUGUGCCCAUUGGCUCUUGUCCUGUCCCCUGGACACCACUGAGAGCCUGGCUCUGUAUUUACAGCUUCCCUUCAGAUACUUGUAUGCAUUGAUAAGAUCCCUGUGAGCCUUCUCUUCUCCAGGCUAAACAAUCCCAGCUCUCGUGGCCUUUGCUCACAUAGGAGAUGCUCCAGUCCCUUAAUCAUUUUAGUAGCCCUUUGCUAGGGUCUUUCCAGUAGCUCCAUCUCUCUUGUCCUGGGAAACCCAGAACUGGACCCAGCACUCCAUGUGUGGCCUUAACAGAGAUGAGUAAAGAGGAGGGAUCACCUCCCUUGACCUGCUGGCAACACUCCUAACGCAACCCAGGAUACCAUUAGCUGCGUUUGCUACACGGGCACACUGCUUGCUCGUGUUCAACUUGGUGUCCGCCAAGACCCUCAGCUCCUUUUCUGUCAAGCUCUGAAGAGCUGGGUGACCCCUAGUGUGUACUGGUGCAUAGGGAUGUUCUUCCCCAGGUGCAAGACUUAGCACAUCCUCCUGUUGAACCUCAUGAUGUUCCUGCCAGCCCACUUCUAGAGCCUGUUGAGGUCCCUCUGGAGGGCAGCAUGACACUCUGGUGUAUCAGCCACUCCUCCCAGUUUUGUGUCAUCAGCAGACCUGCAUAUCAUUAAUAAAGAUGUUAAACAGAUUUGACCCAGUAUUGACCCCUGGUGUACACUGCUAGUUACUGGCCUCCAACUAGACUUCAUGCCACUUCUCAUGACCCUCUUGGCCUGGUUGUUCAGCCAGUUUUCAAUCCACCUUGCUAUCUGCUUAUCCAGCCCCUACUUCAUGGCUUCUCUACAACGAUCUUAUGGGAGAGAGUGUUGAAAGCCUUAGUGAAGUCCAGGUGGACAAUAUCCACUGCUCUCCCCUCACCUGUCAGGUUGGUCAAGCAUGAUUUCCCCUUGGUGAAGAUGUGCUGACUACUCCUGAUGACUUUCUUGUCCUUCAUGUGCCUGGAAAUGGUUCCCAGGAUUAGCUGCUCCAGCAUGUUCCCAAGGAUUGAAGGGAGCUGACUGGCCUGUAGUUCCCCAGGUCUUCCUUCUUGAACUUCAGGAUAGGAGUGAUGCUUGCUUUCCUCCAGUUUUUGGGCCAACCUCUCCCCAUUGCCAGGGUUGUUCAAAGAUCAUGGGGAGUGGCCUUGCAGUGAUAUUAGCCAGCUCCCUCAGCAGUCAUGGGUGCAUCCCAUCAGGGUCUGUGGGUUUAUGGAUGUCUAGGAUGCUUAAGUGUUCUCUGACCUCAUCCUUUUCCACCAAGGGUACAUCUUCCUUGCUCCAGACUUUCCCCUGGUCUCUGGGGUUCCCUGCCUCAUUCAGCAACAGGCCUACAUGUCCCCUCAUCUUCCUUUGGUCACCUGUGUACUUACAGAAGCUGUUCUUGUUGUCUCUGACAUCCCUGGCCAGAUGCAAUUCCAGUUGGGCUUUGGCUUUCCUAACUUCAUCCCUGCAUGCUGGGAGAGUGCCUCUGUAUUUCUGCCAGGUUAUGGGUCCCUGCUUCCACCUUCUGUACGCUUCCUCUUUGUGUUUGAGUUUGGCCCCGAGCAACUUGUCCAUCUGCACAGGCCUGCUGGCAUUUCUGCCUGACUUGGGCUGCUUGUUGGGAUGGACCGUUCUUCAGCUUGGAGGAGGUGACCCUUGAAUAUCAAGCAGCUUUUUUGCCCUGACUAUCUCCCCUCACCUGAGCCCUGUAGUCACUUUCUGGGUGGCCCUGCUGGUAUCAUUGGUGCCCACACAGAAGAAGCAGUGGGUAAUAGUCAAAGGGUUGGAUAAGCCUCACAAUCCCUCCACAACACCCUCGAUCCAGGUCCCCAGCAAGCAGCAAAUGUCUCUAGAUGACCGGUCAGGUAGGCAGAUGGGUGCAUCCGUCCCCAGCAGCAGGGGGUAACCCACUACUGUCACUUGCUGCUUCAUCCUGGGGGUCUUGCAUGAUUUAGGAUCAGGGUGCCCACGUGAUCUGCUUGAAAGCAUAUCUGGCUCCUCUUCAACUUUGAGGGUGGAGAAUCUAUUUUAUAGUUAUAGUAUACCUUUAGGUGGAGCAGGAGACUUUCUCUUGGUGCCAGAAGGCACCAGCUUCCAUCCUUCACCUUUCCCAGAGGUUGUGCUUACCAUUACGCUAGGGAUGGGUGCUGUCUGUGUCUCUACGGCAGCUGGGAUCUGAGGGUCUUCAAGCUGUUUUGCCCUGAGAAGAUCCAGUCCACCUCCCUUUCAUCUCCUCUGAUGCUGUGCAGCAUGCUGACUUUGCCCUGUAGCUCCUCCACUUGAUGACACAGCUCUUCAGGCCGGGUGUUGCGGGGUGUUACAGGUGUCAGUGGGCAGGAAUGGAAAUAACUUCAUUUUGUUAGAGGAGGAGAUGCAAAAAUCUUAAAUUUAAGCAGCCUUCAAAAAAGGGCCAUGUGAAAGGUCAAGAGGUUCAGGGCAUGUGUGUCCCCAGUGGGGAUGUGAUGACACCUGUGCACUGUAAGGUGUGACCACAGUGCCACCGGGGCGGGCAUGGCUGUAACCGCUGUCCUCUCCUCCU